UUUGCCGUUGGUUCACCCUCCAAUGGCCGCCGCGUCCUGUGUGCUGCAGCUGGCGCACCGCGCUGAUCUGAAGCCAGGAGCCAGGUGCUUCUCCUGGUCUCCCAUGGGGUGCAGGGCCCAAGCACUUGGGCCAUCCUCCACUGCACUCCCGGGCCAGAGCAGAGGGCUGGCCUGGAAGAGGGGCAACCAGGACAGAAUCCGGUGCCCCGACCGGGACUAGAACCCGGUGUGCUGGCGCCGCAGGCGGAGGAUUAGCCUAUUGAGCUGCGGCGCCGGCCCCUUUGCUCGUCUUAAGACUAAAGCUACCCAUAGCAGAUGGAUUGCUUACAUUUAGGAAUCUCAAAGGCUAAUUUGAUUGAUGGAGAUUCUUGAGGGGAGAACUAAUUUGCUCCUUUAUCAGAUUAGCAUAGGGGAGCCAUAUGUACACUGAACUAGUGAUGUGUGUGGUCAUCUUCUAUUUCCUGCAAUAGGAGGAAGCAGAGAUACAGCAGCCCUCGCUGUAACCUCUGGCAAUAUGUUAAACCACCAGAAGAAUUUAAUUUUUCUCCCAAGAUGAAAAUGUGGGGUUUAUUUGGAGUGUGGUGAUGAGGAGAUUAGGUAUCUAAUGUUGAUAUUUACAAAUGCAAAAAGUACAGACUGUCCUAGGACUGGCUGCUCAAGGAUUAGGGCUGAGUCUUUAUUGAGCAAGAGGGAUGAAAAAUAAAAGUCCCAGUAAGUCCCAGCCCUUGAGAGCUGAUCUGAAGGAGAAGCUAAGUCGCUCUAAAACAAUAUUGCUCCAACCCAGUAGUGACUUCAGCAGCCUCCUAGCGUGCUGACAAUGUCAAAGGAGGGACAGACAGAUGCAUGGAAUGGGAAAUCAGAGUGAAAUCUCUUUCACAAACCUCUACAUGGAUGCUUUGAUCUUGAGGUUGCUGUCCAUGGAGAUUUAUAUACCUGAAGGCAGAGCAGUGGAAAAUACAGCAUCUUUUGAGGUUCCUGCUAACCAAGACUUUUCAGCCUUUAAACAUGUGUGUGAGUCACCUGAGGAUCCUAUUAAAGUGCUUGUUGUGAUGUAGCAGUUCUGGGGUGGGGCCUGAGAUUCUGCAAUUUUUUUUUUUUAAUGUUUAUUUAGUUUAUUUGAGAGGCAGAGAUAGAGAGAGACAAAGAGACAGAGAGCUCCCAUCUUUUUUCUUUUUUUCCUCCAAAUGUGUAUAACAGCUUGGGCCAGGACAAGGUAAGGCUUGGAACUGGGACCUGACCUGGUGUCUCCCAUAUGGGUGACAUGGACCCAAGUACUUGAGUCAUUGAGUACUUGAGUGCAUUGGGUGCACAUAUGCAGGAAGCUGGAGUCCAGUGGAGCUGUAUCUUGGACCCAUGUCUAAUAGGGGAUGUGGGUGCCCUAAGGGGUGUCUUGACCCUUUGGGCAAGCACCUACCCAAAGAUUGUAUGUUUGUUUUUUUUUUCAGACCUAUUGUCAUGUUUAAUCCCAGUGAUCCCAGUGAGAGUCAAGUUGGGAAUUGAUAAUUUCUUCUUUUUUUUUUUUAACAGAAGAUCAGUUUAGUAUACAUUAAGUAAAGAUUUCAACAGUUUGCACCCACACUGAAACACAAAGUGAAAUAUAUUGUUUGAGUACUCGUUAUAGCAUUAAGUCUCAAUGUACAGCACAUUAAGGACAGAGAUCCUACAUGAGGAGUAAGUGCACCGUGACUCCUGUUGUUGACUUUAUAAAUUGACACUCCUGUUUAUGGCAUCAGUAAUCUCCCUAUGCACCAGUCAUGAGUUUCCAAGGCUAUGGAAGCCCCUUGAGUUCUCCGACUCCCAAAGAUUGUAUGUUUUUAACAAUCUCUGAGGUGAUAUGUGUACUUCUGGUCUAUGGGCUAAAUUUUGAGUAUCCUUGUUAGACAUAUAAUCAAACAAAUAGUAUAGCUUAUACUUUGGCAUGCUUAGUUUUUCCAUAUUUAUACUUCAAUAUAAUUAUUUUAUUCACAAUGAAGAAGGUAAUAUUUUAUUAUGUUCUGGAUGUAUAUGUAUAAUAUUCUUGUAUUAUAGGAGGAGGAGUGAUAAAUGUUUGAUACAAAUUAAAUCCACCAAACUUAGUGGACAUUCCUUUUGAAACCACACACUGGGGUGUUUAUUUGAUGCAGCAGGUAAUCCACCCAUGAAGACCCCCCACAACCCGUAUCUGAAUGAGUAAAUUCAAGUCUCAGCUCCACUCUUGCUUCCAGCUACCUGCUCAUGUGAACCUGGGAAGAAGUAGGUGAUGGAUCAAGCAGUUGGGUCCCUGCCACCCACAUGAUCUGGACUGGGUACCAAGUUCAUGGCUUUGGCUGGAUACAGCCCUGGCUAUUGUGAGCAGUUAGGGAAUAAACCAGUAGGUAGGAGCUCUCUCUGUGUAUCUUUUUCUCUCUUUCUGCCUUGCAAAUUAAAAAGAAAAAAAAAGAAAGAAAGAAAAAAAAAAAACAAAUAAGUCUAGUGUGUGACACCUAGCAGACAUCUAUAAAACAGAUUUUUUAAAAAAAGAUUUAUUUUAUUUAUUUGAAAGAGAGGUACAGACAGAGAGAGGUCUUCCAUCCGCUGGUUCAUUCCCCAGAUGGCCACAAAGGCUGGAGCUGCACCAAUCCAAAGCCAGGAGCCAGGAGCCUCUUCCGGGUCUCCCACGUUGGUGCAGGGGCCCAAGGACUUGGGCCAUCUUCUGUUUCUAUCCCAGGCCAUAACAGAGAACUGGAUCAGAAGAGGAGCAGCUGGGACUAAAACCUGCGCCAUAUGGGAUGCCGGCGCUUCAGGUCAGGUCUUUAACCUGCUGCCCCACAGCGCCGGCCCCUAUAAAACAGAUUUUUAUGACAGAAUUUGACACAGGAAAUAUAUGCUUGCAUAAAACUUAUUUUAAAAAUGCAAUACUUCAUGUGAGUCCAUUUUUUAAGGAGUAUACUGCAGUGCAUUCCACAGAAUGAAGUGGAGUUUAUUCUUGUGAGCCUCAAGAAGUCGCCUUCCCCAGGAAGUACCCACAGGGAAUGUCAGCUGGUGGCGUGGUGUCUGAUGGGAUAUUGAUCAUGUGUGUUUGGGUUGGUCAUAUUCAGCUCAGUAUUCUCGUUUCAGUCAUGAAGAAGAGACAUAUUUCUUUGCUACACUAAAUAUUUAUGUGGUGAGUCAAUUCUGGAAGUGAGGGAAUUACUGUGGUAUUUUGAAAUGGAAACACAUCUUUUCAGAAGUGCAUCAGCAAUGUGAUCUUGGAGUCUGUUUCAAAUGGUAAUACACCAGAGGCUAAGAGUCUGCCAGUGCUGAACAUCUGCUUCUUAAGACAUAGGCUUCUCGUGCGUUCCUCUCUGUGCACCUCUCAGUUUGUUGAAUCUAUUCCUUCAAGGACUCAGGAAGAAAUACUCUAAAUUCAUUUAUUAUCUUACCAGAGGGAAAUCUUUUUUAACAACGCCUUUAAAUUUGGAUUAAAAAAAUUUGAGUGUUCCUAAUUGUUAGAUUAUUCUUGGUGAUAUACUGGAUUGAAAAUCAAUUGCCACAAGAGUAUAGACUCCUGGACACCAGGGACUCAUCUUUUAUUUCCAUUACUUAUCAUAGUGACAGAUCAUAGCAAGUCCUCAAAAAUUUACAUUGAGUGAAUAAACUUUAUUAAAACUAACUGUAUAAAAAAAAGACUAACUGUAGAUAUGAAAGUUUUUUGAGAACAGAAUAGGCAGUUGUGUAAGUGACCUAAACUUUUAAACAAAGCAGCAGCCAGGUGGGCAGUCAUCGUGGUGCAGCAGAUUAAGCUGCUGCUUGGGACCCGUAUCCCAUAACAGAGUGCAAGUUCAAAUCCUAGCUACUCAGCUUCUGAUCCAGCCUUUGCUAAUGUACCUUGGAGGCGGCAAAUGAUAGCCCACGUAUUUGGGUUCCUGCCACCCAUGUAAGAGAUCCCAGUGGAAUCCUUGACUCCCGGCUCUGGCCUAGCACAGCCUAGCUGUUGUGGACACUUGAGGAAUGAAUCAGAGGAUGGAAGAUUGCUCUCUCAGUCUCUCCCUUCUCUCUCUGUCAUUUUGCUUUUCAAAUUAAAAGGAAAAAAAUUAAAAGUAGCAAGCUAUGUUAUGAGUAAUCUAAGUGAAAAAAUGAAAAAUUAACGGGUGCUACUUUAGAGCCUGAUCUUUGUGAGUUAUUUGCAUCCUUUUUUUCUUUUCUUUUAAUAUGUAAUUGCUUAAGAAAUACUUAAGCAGGAAAUAAUUAACAAAGAAAAGAUUUUAUAAUUUUGUAGCUUAUUCCCCUACCUUCAUAAGUUUAACAGAAAUUUCGAAAAGUUUUUUCUUUUUAAAUAUUUCUUUCGUUUUUGUAAGGUAUAAAUUUCAUUAAGUUUUAAAUGAUAAGUAUCUCCAGGAGAGAAAUGAUGAUGGAUUUCAGUGCUUCAAAGAUAAAUUGUGACAGGCCUUAGGUAAAUAGGUAUAGUGAUGAAAUAUCUGUUGAAAAACUGUUUACCUGAAUGCAUUUACAGAGAUAGACAGGAACAAUGAUCUGUUCGGUGUUGUAAGGAUGGUUCAGGUACAGUUGAGAACCAAAAUAAUUAUAUUAGAAAAGUAAAAGUCAGUGUGUUUCUUUAGUGUUGAUAAGUCAGGGAUUAUUAAUAAUGGUUGACUUUUAAACAGAGACCACCGUGAAUAGAACUAGACAAGCCAGCAUCCCAGAUGAUUUCUUACCUUAGACAUGUCAAAUCUAGUUAUGUUAAAGUGUCUUCAGAAAGCAUGUAAUUUAAAUGACAGUUCAAUUAAAUGACUCUACCUUAAAGUCUAUAAGUAUUCCACAUCUUUGCUUUUAUUUUACCUGUGUGCAACGUCAGGAAGUUCUUUAACUUUGACCAAACAUUCAAGGCUUGAAAAAUUAAAUCUACUUUUUGUUAGUAUAAAUCAAGGGAUUAGGUUAAUAAUAUUUUCACAGUUUCAUUCAUUGUGUGGUUAUCUAAGUAUAUUUUGGGUAUUAAUUGUAGUAAAUUCCUUCUGAUCCAAAUCUGGGUGAGCUGCUUUCCAUUUAGGAUAGUGCAGAUUAUUUCUAAAACUUCACUUGCUUACUUUUUAUAGUAUCAGAGAAAAAUGUAUAAUGCAUAAAAUUUUUUUCUGCUAUAGAAACACUGCAAUUUCUGAUGUUGAUAGGAAUGAAAUUUUUAAUAAUGUAUUUGAUAUUUUUCCACAGAUUAUUUGCUUAUUCAUAUCUUUUCAACUGCUAACAUUGUGAUUAAGAUGAUAUAGUAGCCCACUUUAUCUGUGGUUUCACUUUCUACUUUCAGUUAUCUGUGGCCAACCAUGGUCUGAAAUCCUAAAUGAGAAAUUCCCAAAAUAAACAACUCAAAAGUUUUAAAUUGUGCACCAUUUUGAGUAGCAUGAUGAAAUCCUGAGCUGUCUUUCUUUUGGGAUGUGAAUCUUUCCUUUGUCUAGUUUAUCCAUGCUGUACACACUACCCCUGGUUAGUCACUUGUAGACAUCUUAGUUAUCAAAUUGACUAUCCCAGAUCACAGUGUGUGUGUCCAAAUAAACCCUAUUUCACUUAAUGAUAGCCCCAAACCACAAGAGUAAUCAUGCUCGCAAUUUGGAUAUGCCAAAAAGAAGGCAUAAGUGUUUCUUUUAAACUAAAAGGUGAGGGGCUGGCACUGUGGCGCAGCAGGUUAACGCCCUGGCUUGAAGCGCCCAAAUCCCAUAUGGGCGCCAGUUCGAGACCUGGCUGCUCCACUUCCAAUCCAGCUCUCUGCUUUGGCCUGGGAUAGAAGUGGAAGAUGGCCCAGGUACUUGGGCCCCUGCACCCACGUGGGAGACCCAGAAGAAGCUCCUGGCUUCAGAUCGGUGCAGCUCUGGCUGUUGCGGCUAGUUGGAGAGUGAACCAUUGGAUGAAAGACCUCUCUCUCUCUCUCUCUGUGUGACUCUGACUUUCAAGUAAAUAAAUAAAUAUUUAAAAAAAAAAACUAAAAGGUGAAAAUAUGCAACUUAAUCAGAAAAAGAAAAUCAUAGUAUAGAUAAGAAUUUGGUACUAUCCCCAGUUUCAGGCAUCUACUGGUGUCUUGAAUUGUAUCCCCUGUGGAUAAGUGGAGACUACUGUAAUAAUGGUAAAUUGGUAGCACUAAUAGUAGUAAUAGCAAUUAACAUUUACCAAAUACUUACUGCAUGUGAGUAUCUUAAGCCAAUUAUCUACUGCUCUAUAGCAAAGAACUCCCAAAUAGAGUAGCUUGAUUUGACAGCAGUUAUUACGGUUUUGUGAAUUGCUGAUUGGAUCAUCCACUUCGUAUGAUAUUGCAUGAGAUGCUAGUUAAAUUGAAACUCACAUGCCUAGUAUUUUGAGCUCACUUGGGCCAUUCUGUGUAUUCCUUGGGCUCCCUCACAGCGUGGUAGCUAAAUCCAGUAGUGCUUUCAAAGAGCAAAGGCAGAAACUACAUCUUCUAAGGCUAGCCUCAAAAUUUAUACAACAACAUUUGUAUCACAUUCUAUUGACAGAAGGAAAUCUCAGACUGUUCAGAUAGAGCAGCAGGGGAAACAGGCUUCAGUUUACAAUGGGCAGAGUGGCAAAAAAAAUUUGGACAUCUUUAAUCCUGUACAAAUCCUAUGAGCUAAGUACUGUUAGAGAUGAAAGAGGUUAAGUUAGUGCUCACAGUCAUCCAGCUGUUAGUAGUUUAAGCUUGAUUUUAGGUCCAGUGUUGACUCUAGAGCUAGAGCUUUUAGCCAUUGUAAUACUAGUGUAAUAUUAGUGGUACAGUCAGCUUAAGUAUUUUGUCUUUGUACUCCAAAGCCAAUAUGUGAUGAUGGUUUUCAUUCAUGUGUAGGGGACUACUCCAUUUGCAUUCAGAAUGAGACUGUAAAGGUACUCACUUAUAAUUGUUUUAACAUUUAUUUAUUUGAAAGAGUGAUAGAGAUGGAUCUUCCAUCCUCUGGUUCACUCCCUAAAUUGCUGUGCUGAAGCUGGGAGCCAGGGACUCCAUUCAGGUGUCCCACUUGGGUGCAGGGACACAAGGAAUUGGUCCAACUUCUGUGGCUUUUCAGGAACGUUAGCUAGGAGAUGAAUUGAAAGCAGAGAACUCUGGACUCAAACUGAUACCCAUAUGGGAUGUCAGCAUUGCCGUCAGCAGCUUAGCCCAGUGUGCCACAAGUUAGGCUCCUGGAUCAUAUCAUUGAGCAGCCAUCAUUGGGUACAAAUAGCAAGCUCUCCAAAUUUAGCUAUUUCUGAAUCAUUGAAUGAAAUUGAAAGGUGAAAGACUUAGAUUUGAUUUUUAUCCUGUGUCUACCGUAUAUAUUAGUGCAUUUCCUCACCAAGAUCAAAUAAAAUCAACGUUUGGAACCAUAGGCUUCCCAGUGAACGUACUCUGGUCUGCUAUGGUCUGCAUUUUUCAUAUGGUUUCAGUAUUCUAGUGUUUAUUAUUCAUUAACAUGAAACAUAGAAAUUUAAUUGCCUUUUGUGUUAUUUCUGCUGCUUUGUGGUUUUCUUUGUUGUUAGUUAACAUUAUUGGAGAGGUUUCUUUGAUUCAAAAGAAAAAAAAAAUGCCAGAGAUGCCUAUGAUGAUAAAGAACAAAAUAAAAACCAAGCCUUUCCAAUUUAUGAAUCAAAGUUUUUUUAUACUUCUUGUAAUUUCAGUUUUCUGUGAUAUAUUUUUGGCUCCCUUACUUUACUUGAGAAUGCAGUAUAGCGCUGAGGCCUGUUGCAGAAAGUCUGUAAUUUGAAAUCAUAUUAUAGUUCCAUACUAGCUGCAAAUUGUGAAUUGGUGAAUGCUGUUUUGCCUGUAGUAUAUGGAAUUUUGGCAUCUGAACUAUCUACUCAUCUCCUGCUGAUCAAAAUAAAAGUGGGGAUAUCCCCAUAGAAUGGUAUGGGGCCUUAGAACUUGAGUACCACAAACCCUUCAUCUCUCCAGAGGAAGCAGCUUUGGGCAAACACAUCUUUCAUAGCAAAGCUGUGUGUGGAACCUUAGGUACCCUAACAUAUGUUUUCCUCUACUGUAUCCCUGUUUAAACUUUGCCAAUUUAAGAAAGUCUUAGACCUUUUUCUCUCUUCCUGUUCCUCUUCUUUCUCUUCCUUUCCUUCUCUCUGUCUCCCUUUUGCCUUCUACUCCCUACUGCUCCUCCUGCUGUCAUCCACCUCCACCCCCUUUCUUCAUAAGCAAAUGUUUGUUGAUUUUUUUUUUUGUUAAGAAUGACAGAAGAUAUUUAUUUUGUGGUCCAGGGAAAUCGCAGUGCUAAAAACUGGUAGAUUUUUCAGUCAUGUUGUUCUAGGAUUGCUUUACCUUUCUAUUUUUCAUUUUGAAAGGAAAAAAAAAAACCUGCCCUGUAUAUUUCCACUGCUUUAAGAAGACAGCAUUGCUCUUUGAGGCCAUCAGAAUCUAAAUUAGUCCUCUUCUCUUGAACUUUCUCAUGCAUCUAUAUCAUACAUCUGGUGAAUGGAAGAAAAACUGUGGUUAAUUAAAUCAUCUGGUCAUGUACGAAAUCUCACAAAACUAUCGCUUAUCUUCAGUCACAUGCUUGCAGAAAUCAAGGCAAUCUUUCCCAAUGGUCAGUUCCAGGGAGAUAACUUCCGUAUCACCAAAGCAGAUGCUGCUGAAUUCUGGAGAAAGUUCUUUGGAGACAAAACUAUUGUACCGUGGAAAGUAUUCAGACAGUGCCUUCAUGAAGUCCAUCAAAUUAGCUCUGGCUUGGAAGCAAUGGCUCUAAAAUCAACAAUUGAUUUAACUUGCAAUGAUUACAUUUCAGUUUUUGAAUUUGACAUUUUCACCAGGCUAUUUCAGCCAUGGGGCUCUAUUUUACGGAAUUGGAAUUUCUUAGCUGUCACACAUCCGGGUUACAUGGCAUUUCUCACGUAUGAUGAAGUUAAAGCACGACUACAAAAAUACAGCACCAAACCUGGAAGCUAUAUUUUCCGGUUAAGCUGCACGCGAUUGGGACAGUGGGCCAUUGGCUAUGUGACUGGGGAUGGCAAUAUCUUACAGACAAUACCUCAUAAUAAGCCCUUAUUUCAAGCCCUGAUUGAUGGCAGCAGGGAAGGAUUUUAUCUUUAUCCUGAUGGGAGGAGCUAUAAUCCUGAUUUAACUGGAUUAUGUGAACCUACACCCCACGAUCAUAUAAAAGUUACACAGGAACAAUAUGAAUUAUAUUGUGAAAUGGGUUCCACUUUUCAGCUCUGUAAAAUUUGUGCAGAGAAUGACAAAGAUGUCAAGAUUGAGCCUUGUGGGCAUUUGAUGUGUACCUCUUGUCUUACGGCAUGGCAGGAAUCCGAUGGCCAGGGCUGCCCCUUCUGUCGUUGUGAAAUAAAAGGAACUGAGCCCAUAAUUGUGGAUCCAUUUGAUCCUCGAGAUGAAGGCUCCAGGUGCUGCAGCAUCAUUGACCCCUUUGGCAUGCCCAUGCUCGACUUGGAUGACGAUGAUGAUCGAGAGGAGUCCUUGAUGAUGAAUCGGUUGGCAAAUGUUCGAAAGUGCACCGACAGGCAAAACUCACCAGUCACAUCACCUGGGUCCUCUCCCCUUGCCCAGAGAAGAAAGCCUCAGGCAGAUCCUCUCCAAAUCCCGCAUCUCAGCCUGCCACCAGUGCCUCCUCGCCUGGAUCUAAUUCAGAAGGGCAUAGCCCGUUCUCCCUGUGGUAGCCCAACUGGUUCGCCGAAGUCUUCUCCUUGCAUGGUGAGAAAACAAGAUAAACCACUCCCAGCACCACCUCCUCCCUUAAGAGAUCCUCCUCCGCCUCCACCGGAAAGACCUCCCCCAAUCCCCCCUGAAAACAGACUGAGCAGACACUUCCAUCAUGUGGAAAGUGUGCCUUGCAGAGACCAGCCAAUGCCUCUUGAAGCCUGGUGCCCUCGGGAUGUGUUUGGGACUAAUCAGUUGGUGGGCUGUCGCAUCCUGGGAGAUGGCUCUCCAAAGCCUGGAAUCACAGCUAGUUCAAAUGUAAAUGGAAGGCACAGUAGAAUGGGUUCUGAUCCAGUGCUGAUGCGGAAACAUAGACGCCACGAUUUGCCUUUAGAAGCAGCCAAGGUCUUCUCCAAUGGUCAUCUUGGAAGUGAAGAAUAUGAUGUUCCUCCUCGGCUAUCUCCUCCUCCUCCAGUUACCACCCUUCUCCCUGGUGUAAAGUGUACUGGUCCGUUAGCAAAUUCUCUUUCAGAGAAAACAAAAGACCUGGUAGAAGAAGAUGAUGAUGAAUACAAGAUUCCUUCAUCCCAUCCUGUUUCCCUGAAUUCACAACCAUCUCAUUGUCAUAACGUAAAACCUACAGUUCGGUCUUGUGAUAAUGGUCAUUGUAUAUUGAAUGGAACACAUGGUACGUCGUCAGAGAUGAAGAAAUCAAACAUCCCUGAGUUAGGCAUAUAUUUAAAGGGAGAUGUUUUUGAUUCAGCCUCUGAUCCAGUGCCAUUACCACCUGCCAGGCCUCCAACUCGGGACAAUCCAAAGCAUGGUUCUUCACUCAACAGGACGCCCUCUGAUUAUGAUCUUCUCAUCCCUCCAUUAGGUGAAGAUGCUUUUGAUGCCCUCCCUCCAUCCCUACCGCCUCCCCCACCUCCUGCAAGGCACAGUCUCGUGGAACCUUCGAAACCUCCUGGCUCUGGUAGCCGACCAUCCUCAGGACAGGACCUUUUCCUUCUUCCUUCAGAUCCCUUUUUUGAUCCAGCAAGUGGCCAAGUUCCUUUGCCUCCUGCUAGGAGAUUACCAGGUGAAAAUGUCAAAUCCAACAGAACAUCACAGGACUAUGACCAGCUUCCUUCAUCUUCAGAUGGUUCACAAGCACCAGCCAGACCCCCCAAGCCACGGCCCCGCAGGACUGCACCAGAAAUUCACCACAGAAAGCCCCAUGGGCCUGAGGCAGCAUUAGAAAACGUCGAUGCAAAAAUUGCAAAACUCAUGGGCGAAGGCUAUGCCUUUGAAGAAGUGAAGAGAGCCUUGGAGAUCGCCCAGAAUAACGUGGAAGUAGCCCGCAGCAUCCUCCGAGAAUUCGCCUUCCCUCCUCCAGUCUCCCCACGUCUAAAUCUAUAGCAGCCAGGGCUGGAGUCGCCAACAUGAAAAGCAGUUGAGAGAUAAUCCUGCAGUGUGGAAGGGAGAGGAGCGAGGUGGAGCGAGGAGAGACGGUGUCGCGCUCAGGCAGCGCCUGGGGGAGCUCCCACUGGGUGUGCAGCUUCUCGGAGCACAGCUGCUUGCUCAGGAUGUCCACGGCCGCCGCGGCUUCCUUGUUUUUGCUAGCCAUACUUCGAAAUCAGGGUUGAACUGACAAACAUAAUUUAAAGACGUUUACUUCCCUUGAACUUUGAAUCUGUGAAAUGCUUUUCCUUGUUUACAAGUUAGCGAAGUUGCAGUUCGUUUUGGGUUUUGUUUUCUGUACUGUGUCCUGGACAAAACCUUUGUAGAAUAGUCAGGUCUGCUGUAACAUCUCCUACCUAACCCCUUGCUGUCCAUGUCAGCAACUGAAUCUCCUGUUGGUUCUCCGCCUUCAUGUCCCCCAACCCGGGUCCAGUUCCAUUUCUCUCAUUUACACGAUGCUUUAAAGGUUCUGAUUGUCAACAUAUCAAACCAAUGCAAAAAAGAAAAGUGUGUGUUCUUCACUACUGAGUCUGUUCUUCAGAAACCGUCACUGUUGAGAGAUGAGAAAAACCUGAAUGUAUAAAGCAUUUAUUUGUCAAUAAACUGCCUUUUAUAAGGGGAUUUUACAUAAUGUAGAGGAGCUUCCCUUUUUAGUGUUCAAGUUUCAUGACCUUGAAUCUGCCCUGUUCUCAUCUCUGUCAUCCUAGGGGCAUAAAAAUCUAAGAUAUUAGAAAGCAACUACUGCAGAUGGGGGGAAAUACACUCGCUCACACAGGACAAUGCUGUCAUAUGCUACAUAAUGAGGUCUCCUGAUAUUUGUGCCUGGGUUACUUUGAGGCACUCAGAAAAUGAGGGCCAUUCCCCAACACAUAUUAAUAAUAACUUCCAGAUAAAAUUAUGAACAUACCUUUCCCAACAUGUAAUAGAGUUAAUUUCCUGUUUGAACAAUUACACUCUGAUUCCUAACUGGUGGUGUUCAUACUGCAGUAGAAACAUUAAAUCCUUUAUGCACUCAGUGCCAAAACUACUGUGGCAGUGUUUUUUGCUAAGUUCCUAGUAAUUUUCUCUCUGCAAUCAAAUUAGACUUCAUAUUUAAUUUGUAGAGUCACCCAUUGUUUCACAUUGCUCCAUCCAAUCAGGUCAAAGAAAUGUAAUAAGGUUGUGUUCUUUUUUGGAAAAUGGUGGUUCCUCAGAAUCCAGGUUAACUAUUUUCAAUGAAUCUAUAAAUAUGUUUUGAGUAUCAGUUGCGUGUCUGGCACCGUUGGGCACUAGUUCUAACCUGACUCCAGCAUGGUGCUUUGUUCUUUAUCCGUGUCUUCGAUGACAAAAUCUCUGCUGCGUGAAACCUGCCAGGCUGAUACACAAGCUGCAGAAUUUCCCAGCAGUUUGCUUCUUUGGUUCCUAAACACAAGUUAGUUGUAACAUUAAGACAGAACAUCUUUGAGUCAAAGGUGAGAACCCAGUUUUUCUCAUCUGGACUAACUGUGGGUAUGUUCCACACCUUUUUUUUUUUUUUUUUAAGGUUUAUUUACUCAUUUAUUUGAAAGGCAGAGUGAGGCAGAGAGAGAAAGGGUGAGAUCCUGCAUUUGGUGGUUCAUCUCCUAAAAUCCCUAAUAGCUGGGACUGAGCCAGGUGGAAGCCAGGAGUCAGGAACUCCGUCUAGGUCUCUCACAGCAGUGGCAAAGACCCGAGUACCUGGCCUUCAUCCACUGCCUCCCACAAUGCUGAUGAGUGGGAAGUUGGAUCCGAAAGAGGCAGGACCCGAUCCCAGGCACUCCAGUAUGGGCUGGGGAGAGCCCAAGCUCUGGCUGCUUAACUCACUCCAACACAAGACCUUCCCCAAACACACCUUUCCAAACUUCAUACCCAGUGUCACAGAAAGGAUGUUCCAGGUUCUGAGUCCCCCUUCUCUGCUUGAAAAAGCACAACCAUACAUCUGAUAAAUCUGUUAGAAGUUAAUCUCCAAAACUUGAAAGAUGGCCAGGUUGCCUGGAAAGAGAAACUAACACAUUCCUUUGCAAAGUGAUGGUGCCGGUUCUUGAAAGUCUGGCUUUCAUGGUAUGAGAUAUCUGAGAAAUUCUGGGCCUUGGACGUUUGUGCUCUUGUGUAUGAAUUUCUUCAGUGAUUCUGAGCUGGCUAUUUCCCUUAAGAGGAAUUCAUAAUUUGCCUUGGAUGUUCUUUCUGUGAGUAGGUAUAUGAAUGCAUUUUUUAUACUUAUUAAAAUUGGUUGGCUGCUUCUGUUUAUGAGCUCAAUGUUAUGUCAUCAUGGUUUUCAUAUAUUUUAUGAGUUUCUGAUGGGAUAUUGGAAUAACACUGUAUAUUUUGGCCUUUUUGUGUCUUUCUGAUCAGGGGUACAGUUGACAAGCCAAAUGAUUCCACUUCGUUCUGAUAACAUUGUUAUAGCUUUCUUAAUAGAUUGGGGAAUGAUGUAAAAUAGGAAUGUCAGAAAACAUAGUAUGUUCUCAUUAAGUUUUCAUAAUAUGUGAGGAUGUCCCAUGAGAAUUUUAAAAGCUGGGGGAUGAUAUAGUAAAUUUGGACCUGAAAUUUUUUUAAGAACUUUUACAUGUCUCCACCAAACCCUCUCUGUAUCUUUUAGUCAAUAGCAACCAUUGGUUUUGUUAUUAAAAAGAAUUAACAACUCAUAUGGAAAAAGGGAAACUUCUGUCAAACACUGCCAUGAAAAGCCCUUUGCUACCGAUUGCCUGUGACAUCACACUCAAAAAGAUGUUUUGAGGAAAUAAACCAAAAUAUUUUUGGUUCAGACUUUAUUUCUCUAUGAUUGAAAAAGUUAAACAUGCAUCUCUUUUCUGAAGAUUAGGAAAUAUUGUUAGUUAAGCCAGUGUUUCAUGUAGUCUAAAAGAGCAAGCAAAUCGUAGCUAAGAUUAUCCCUCUCCCUACCAAACAUGUCCUAAGGCUAGAAGGACCUAUGCUCAGUGAUGUCAGUGGUGUGAUAGUACCUCCAUAAUCUGCUUUUGUCUCCUGAUAGCUGAUACAGCCUGGCCUAAUUUUCUAGAAUUGAAUCAAAGCAGUUGAUAGUUAACUUGAACUUCUCUCCACAAUAAAAUCUCCAGCUCUUCUUACCCAUUAUCCUUGUCUACAUGCAAACAGUUUUAAUCAGCCCUAAUUACAACUUCAGAGGGCCCAUUUGUUAACUCAGUAUUUCACACACCAAGAAUACUUGCAAAAUUUCUUCAUAAUGUGAAGUUUUAAAUUUCCAGUUCCAGAAGCGUUUCCUACAGUUUGGGUAUUAUUCUUCCUCUUAGUUUUUUCAACUUGAAGCUUUAUUUUGCACUCAUUUAUGUAACCUGAUUAAAAUUUUAAUUUCUUUCUUAGCUGACAGAUAUGGAAGCAAAUUACAGCCCGACUUAAAUGGUUACAAAUGCCUGUUGACCUGGAAUUUAGUGCUUCUAGAAAAAGUGUCCAGAAAAGACAGCAACAGAGUGAAGGGUUUUCUUCCCAAUUACUGUUUUAUUGGAUUUUUUAAAUGCCUUUUUAAAACUUGUUUAAUGUGGCAAAAUAAUUAUGUAUUCCAUUAAUUUAUAUUUUAUUCAUUCUUUUUUCAGUUCUGGUUAUUAUGUAACCUCAAGUACUUUAUCUGUUCUUUUGAGGUAUUUUAUAAAAUGAAUGUUAACAAAAUGUGGAGUUGGUACUUUAUUUUUUCCAAUGAACACAACCACUUCAGAACA